CUGUUUGGCACAAUUUUAACGGCCGCGGAAAAGGAAACAACGGAAAUUGGUGUCGCCGCGGACAGUUAAAGUUAAACGUUCAGUACUUACCGUACUCUGUGAUUCGGCAAAGACGUUAUAUUAGAGUAGUGUUCCAAAUCAGACAAGUGCGGAGCACGCGAAAACUUCCGAGAAUCGUUUGCUUCAGAAAGCUCGGCGAAAAGAGCGAUCAGCUAGCGGAAGCAAAACACAAAUCGUUGUCGAGCUUGCAGUUUUCCAUUUUCAAUUACCCAUUUUCAAUUACGUUCACUUCUGUUCUGGCCACGAAAUAUUUUUGUGUUGUAUUCGGUUCAUUCGGUUUUAUAAUUUUUUUGAGUUGCAUUUUGCACAAGUGUUGAAGACAGGCCAACGAGCUGAUAAAACAAGAUGUAAAAGUAGAGCCAUUAGCCACUAGCCACUAGCCAAAACCCAUCGACAAUUUUCGCGUGGUCGCAGCCAGUCUGUGAGCCGCCACAGAGCGGUGCUAAUCAUCGCUAAACAAACGCUGAAAAGCUUUGGCCGUUCUCCAUCGCCUGGUCAUGCCUCAUCACCAUCAAACGAACAGCCACAACCAUUUGACAUUUUUAAAAUCAAAUUACAAAUUCAAACGCAGAGAAAUGCCGACGAUCCGCGCACUUCCUGUGGCAUCAGCGGAAGCGCGUACACCACCGAACCAAUUAGCGGCAACAAUGUCAAAGACGUCAGCAGCAUCAGAAUCGGCCGCAACGGCAGUGGCAUCGACAUCGACGACAACUACUAGCCACAAAAGUAGAUCAAUUCUAAGUUUAUUUAUAGUAAUCGCAUGGAACUCUCUGCAAGAAUUGGCCAGUGACGGGAAAGACGAUGGCUGUGUCAGGGCUGCUGGCGACCAUGGCCGUGACGUCAAUGCGGACCGAGUGAGACAUAGACGCACGCCCGGUACUCGCGAUCCAAGUGACGAGGUGUCAAUGGCACGUGAACACCAUAAGCAGCAAGGCAAACAGAAGCCCCUAUCUGGUUCUAGUCCACAUCGGAGGAGGAGCCGCCUGCGAGCCACUUCUCAAGCGGUGUCGAUGGCUCUGUUUGCUUUAGGAUUGCUGCUACUGAAUAUGCGGCCGGCGGCGGCCGGCACCUGCUGGCAGACCCACCUGGGCAGCGGCAAGUGCAGCCAGAUAUUCUCCACGAACAUCACCAAGUCGGAAUGCUGUGGCGCCAGCCAGACCUUCUCCUACACCGAUCGCGAGCUGAGCAGCGUGGAGUACUUCUUUGCGACGGCCAUCGGAGGCGGCGUCGAGUGCGCUCCGUGCAUUGUGUCAUUGUAGGAGCCCCGCGCGCCCAGUCGUCCCUGGAGUCACAGCGCCAGAUCAAUGAGACCGGCGCCAUUUACAGGUGCUCCUUGAGUACCGGCUCCUGCAACCCAUAUGUCCUCGAUCCCAAUGGAAACCGAGACGCUCCGUUCAGCGAGUACACCUACGACUCGGAGCGAAAGGACUUCCAGUGGCUGGGUGGCUCGAUGGACGGCGGCACUAGCGACGCGGACAAGCUUCUGGUUUGCGCCCCGCGAUUUUAUGCUCCCAGCACAAAGGAUUACCAUAUGCAUGGAGUUUGCUACUGGGUGAAAAACACCCUGGCUGGCAGUCCGGAGCACGUCAAUCGGAUUUCCCCGUUGCGGCUAAAGACGGAUCAGGUGGUGCAGGAGAACAACGAAAUCAACUUCUACUACAUACUCGGCGAGCUGGGACUGAGUGCUCAUGUUUCGGACGACAACAGCAAAUUUCUAAUUGGUGCCCCGGGCAUAUAUACCUGGAAGGGAUCGGUGAUACUCUAUGGGCGAGUGGACCCUGCAGAAAACCCAAGCGUCAGCCGGCGCGACACGAGCAGCGCUUUGCGCCGAAAGACUCGGGAAAGCGACUCCAAUGACUACACACCCGACAACUUUGUCCCGGAAAUUCCCAAGCCACAGAACUGGGGUCAACAGGAUGACUCCUACUUUGGCUAUUCUGUGGCCUCUGGUUACUUUGACAGCACGAACCUAACCACUCUGCUGUACGUGGCCACCGCUCCGCAGGCCAACAGACAAUCCGGCGAGGCAUAUAUAUUCGAUGUUCUGGGCAAGACCAUAAAGAAAUUCCACGUGUUCCGUGGAGAGCAGUUUGGGGAGUACUUCGGCUAUUCGGUCCUCGCCGAGGAUCUCAACGGCGAUGGAAGGACGGAUGUGGUGAUUUCAGCCCCCCAACACUCCCAGGAAGACUCGCACGACAACGGUGCCAUCUAUGUUUUUAUCAACAAGGGCUUUUUCAAUUUUGAGUCGAAACUGCUGCGAUCGCCCAUUGCCAGCAAGGCACGCUUCGGGACUACGCUGACCCGCCUGGGAGACAUUAAUCACGAUGGCUACAAUGAUAUCGCUGUCGGGGCGCCGUUUGCGGGAAAUGGAUCGGUUUUCAUCUACCUGGGUAGCGAGCACGGUCUGCGGAACCAGCCCAGUCAGCGGCUGGAUGCGCCUUCGGGCAAACCUUCAAAGUAUGGAGAACAUAUGUUUGGCCACGGCCUCUCCCGUGGGUCCGACAUCGACGGCAAUGGAUUUAAUGACUUUGCAAUCGGAGCUCCGAAUGCUGAGGCCGUGUAUUUGUAUCGUGCCUAUCCUGUUGUCAGGUUAAAAGCUACUGUAAAAUCACAGUCGCGUGAAAUCAAGCCGGAGCAGGACAAGGUGGCAAUCACAGCCUGCUACGGAAUAACCACAACGGCCACAGCGCCGGCAGUCCAGAAGCAGGAGAUGACCAUACGCAUCGUCAUCGAUUCACAGUUGAAACGGGCCAAGUUUACUCAGACUCAAAGCCAUGAAAUGAGCUUCACAGUCGACGCAGGACUGACUGAGCAGUGCAGAGUCUUUGAGUGCGUUGUGCGCUACAGCGAGAAGGACAUAUUCACACCCAUCGAACUGGAGAUGCAAUACGAACUAACAAAGAAAGUCCCUGAUUCUGAGGAUUUCUGCGAGACCUGUGUCGCUGUUGAUCCCGCAGAGCCGAAGGUCUACACUGAGAAGAUCAUAUUCAGCACGGGUUGCGCAACUGAUAUUUGUAUUGCAGACUUACAACUGAAAAGCAAGGAUGUGAGCCCUACCUACACCUUGGGGAGUGGCAAUACUCUCCGCUUGAACUACGAGAUCACCAACAACGGAGAGACCGCCUAUCUGCCACAAUUCAAUGUGACGAGCGUGCCCCACUUGAGCUUUGCUCAGAUACCGGGCAAUUGCCGGGUUAGCGACACUGGAAUGGUCUGCGAUCUGAACCGGGGGCGACCGCUGGCCAAGGGAGAUAGGGAUGGCAUUACUAUUAGCUUCGAUGUAAGCUCUCUGAGUGGUUUAGCACUUAUAAUAAACGCCGAGGUGUUCAGUACGGGAUAUGAAAAGAAUCCCAUGGACAACAGGCAGACCAAUGUGAUCAGCCUGAGGGAGUACACCGAGAUAGACGCCACUGGGGGCCAAAUAAAUGGCCAAAUUGACUUGGAACACUACAAAAACUCCGCGGAAAUAAUCAACAAUUACGAGAUUAAGAGCAAUGGCCCCAGUAUUAUCGACGACUUGACAUUGUCCUUUCAUAUACCUAUAGCGUAUAAAAUUGCUGGAUCAACUGCCAUCAUACCCAUCAUCAACAUGACCACAUUGAAGAUGCAGGCUACCUACGAUGCUCAGCUGCUGGGUAUAGAGCUGUUCGAUCAGAACAACACCAUGCUCAUCCUAGAUCCAAUAGAAAUUUCCUCCACGCGCGGCAUCCAGAGUACGGAGCGAACGGUGAUUAGACAGAAUGGACAGGGAUACGAUAUUACCACUAGUGGUCAUAUACACCAGUCUUGGCAAGAGCUGGACUCUGAUAUGGUGGCUACCGCUUCCAUGACGCGCAAGCGGCGUGAUCUCAAAGCGGUGACUGCCAACCGCGAGCAGUACGCUCGCAUCUCAAACGCCAAAGCGCACGACCUGCUCAGCGAGGACUUUAAGGGCAAGUUGCCGGUGAAUCGCACAAUUGUAUUUAACUGCAGGGAUCCAGACAUGACGAUCUGCAUCCGAGCCGAGAUGCGUGUCUACAACUUUAGAGCGGAUAAGCCUGUCAACCUGAAUGUUCGUUACUCUGUUGACCUCAAUGAAGUCAAUGCCAUUUUAUUGGAUCCAUGGGAGUACUUUGUCAUCCUGACCGAUCUGGACUUGUUGAAGAAGGGAGACCUGUCCGGCAGCUCGUAUUCCAUCAAUCGGAAGAUUGAGCCAAAUGUGAUAUCCAAACAUCUGCAGUCACGCCUGCCCAUCUGGAUCAUAAUUGUAUCCAUUAUCGGUGGCUUGCUUCUGCUCUCAGCGAUAAGCUAUGCCCUCUAUAAGUUCGGGUUCUUCAAUCGAGCCAAAAAGGAAGAACUGAAUAGACUGGUGAAGCAGAGCCCCGACGAACCCGAGGCUGAGAACCUAAAUAGCGACGGUAAUAACUAACUUUAUUCAAGAGUUUGGCCGAAAACAAGCUGCAAAUUUCAGCAGAUACCAAAUCCUAAUAUUAUUACUUGAAGACGCCAUUACAAAUUGUAUGUUUACUAAGUAUGUGUGUUCUACAUGCAUUUAAAAAGAAAGCGAAAUCGAUCUACGAUAGUCCUCACAAUUUAUAUGAAAGGGUGCAACUUUUAAACCGCGAAAGCAUUGAAUGUUCUUGUUGGUUUGACUUCCUAGUGGUCUACGAUAAGUGCCUUGCAAUUUAUAUUUUAACGACAACUAUUUUAUAUAAAAAAGUGCCUCGUGUGCAACACAGACUUGAUUGCCAUUUGUUGUAAAUAUUUAUUAAACAUUUGUAAUAAUACAUUUUUUGAAUAGUUUUACUAGUUCUAAGUAACGUUACAAGGCGACGUAAAAGACUUUAUUAAUGUGUAAACAACUGUAAAACCGAAACUAGAUUAUUUUGCGCACAAUACAGCUUUUGUAUAAACUCUUAUAGUAUUAUGUUAGAAGAAGUAUUAAAUAAAAAUUCAUUUUAUAUUACAUGACAAAAA